AUUCAUUCAAGUACUAAGGUAGUCUCUAAAUUAACCUAAAAAUGGUGGACACAGGCACAAUCCGAAUGGUUAUUGGCAUUAUCGGUAAUGUCAUCUCUUUGGGCUUGUUUCUCUCCCCAAUCCCGACAUUUUGUAGAAUAAUAAAACUAAAAACAGUAGCAGAUUUCAAGCCGGACCCUUAUGUAGCAACAUUGCUCAAUUGUGCUAUGUGGGUUUUCUAUGGCAUGCCCUUUGUCCAUCCCGACAGCAUUCUCGUCAUCACAAUCAAUGGCGCUGGAUUUUUCAUUGAAUUAAUCUAUAUUACCAUCUUUAUAAUCUACUCUCCGGGCUCAAAACGCAAAAAGAUCUUCAUUGCACUUGUGACUGAAGUUAUCUUCUUUGUUAUUGUGGUUUUUGUGGUAAUGUAUUGUUUCCAUACUACGAAACGCCGGUCUUUGAUAGUUGGGAUCAUCUGUAUUGUCUUCAACAUCCUUAUGUAUGCAUCACCAUUGACAAUCAUGAAAAUUGUCGUCAAGACAAAGAGUGUAAAGUACAUGCCAUUUUAUCUCUCGCUUACUAGCCUCUUAAAUGGAGUUGUCUGGGUGGUCUACGCACUCCUUAAAUUUGAUAUUAAUAUUCUGAUUCCAAAUGGUUUGGGAGCGAUUUCCGGCGUAGUACAACUCAUCCUGUACGCCACCUUCUACAGAACAACCCGAUGGGAUGACGACGACGACGAAAUAAAUUCGAGAUCGGAGGUCCAAAUGUCCAAUGUCUAGGGAAGACUUGACAGAGUUUCUUGCACCAAUAGUUCUCUCGAGGUUUCUUUCUUUUUGUAGCCAACUAGUUAUUGAGCCAUUUUGAUUUCUCAAUUUGUGCAGGUCUUUGUCUCAAUUGUAAGUUGUAAUUAGUCACUAGAUAGAAUAAUUUGUUUCUUAA